AUGAUUGCUGCUAAUGUCCUGGCAAAUCCAUUAACAUCGGGAGGAGACCCCACAUUAAAAGCCAAACUCAUGGUCUUCUUCUUCUUCUUCCUUCCUCUCGCCGGUUGCUGCUUCACCCACCACCACACCGCCGCCCCACGCCCUACUCACCACCACCUCUUGGCCACCGAACCCCCACCACCCACUGCUCGUUCAACAAGCCGUCUCACCGUUGAGCCCGACGAGCUGUCUUGCCGUCCGCGCCACCGUGAGGCACCGCCGCCGUCCCUAAGCCACCAUCACCACCUCUUGCUGCCGCUUGCUAAGCCGUCCGGGCCAUCGUUGCUCCGAACCGUCACCACCUCCACCCGAACUGAGUUCUUCCCCCCUUGGCCGUGGGUUGAGCCGCGGCUGCCGCCGUCUUCGGUGCGCCGUUCAUGCCGCCGUUGGUGCUGUGAGACUCGUGCCCUCGUCGCCGUCGCGCCACCUUCGCCGCGUGCUCGCCGUCGCCAGAUCAAGAAGAAGCUGGUGAAGAAGAUGAGGCAGAACAGGCCCAUCCCUCACUGGAUUCGCAUGCGGACCGACAACACCAUCAGGUACAACGCGAAGCGUAGGCACUGGCGCCGCACCAAGCUAGGGUUCUGAGGUGUUUUCAUGGGAGGAGGGGGUGCUUUGAAGCCAACGGAUAUCGAGCCGCUCUGGGUUCAUGUCACAUGCGCGUGGUUUUGCCCUGAAGUUGGCUUUCUGAAUCAUGAGAAAAUGGAACCAGCCACUGGAGUACUUAGAAUUCCUCCAACUUCUUUUUUGAAGAGUUGUGUAAUAUGUAAGCAGACUCAUGGUUCCUGCACUCAAUGCAGCAGAUGUCCUACUUAUUUUCAAGUUAUGUGUGCUGCAAGAGCAGGACAUAGCAUGGAAUUACACUGCUGGAGAAGAGCGGGAGUCAAAUAACAAAGAAGUUGAUAUAUUGCACCGAUCAUAGGUUAGAUUGGUUCCCCUUGUCUACAUGUUUUAAUUCUCUGCUUCAAUCUCAUGUCCAGAGCUGUUUUGUUAAGUCUAUUGCCUAGAAGAUUUAACAACUAUGAUCCAUUGACUAAAAACUAUAUGGUGCAUGCUGCCUUGUCCUGGAAAAAUAUGAUUUUACUUGGAUGAUUAUGCAGAAGGUUCGACAGCCAAGAGGUUGAUUAUAACUAUGUCAUGGUCAUUAACAAAGGACAGAAAAGCAUCAAAUAUGUUUCGGUAAAUCUGGUAUACAUGGAUGGGGACCCUUUGCUCCAAGAAAUAUUCAGGAAGGAGAAAUGGUACCUUCUCCUGAAAACUACCUCAUUAUUUGCAUGUUAUGCUUUAGUUGGACGGAAAUGCUGUAUUUGUCAUUGUACUUUUCAUUUAUUCUUGGAAAUGGAGGACAUGAUAAAAAGAGACAAGUACAGCGAUUUAUAUUCUCAAA